UAAGAAUCCAAUGGAUUCGGUAUCUUUCUGCUUCGGAUCACCUUAUGGGCGCCUUGGACGGGCCGUCGCCGCGUUUAUUCGCUGGCCCGCUAACAGGCGCGCCUCCCGACAGGAACCAUCGAUAUAUUAAUCUGCCACGGGUUCCUCCCACUCCCAUCCGUCCUUCUCUCUCUUUCUUUUACGUACUUAAACCAUCCUCCAUCCCACCUUUCUUGAAUCUACCAACAACUCUCUCACCAACAACUCUCUCACUCUACCCCUCUCAACCACCUUAACACAUCCAUUCCAUCACAAUGUCUGGCCUCAACCCCGGUGACAGCUUCCCCUCCGACGUCGUCUUCUCCUACAUCCCCUGGACUGAGGAGAAGGGUGAUAUCCAGGCUUGCGGUAUCCCCAUCAACUACAACGCCUCCAAGGAGUGGGCCGACAAGAAGGUCGUCCUCUUUGCCCUCCCCGGUGCUUUCACCCCCGUCUGCUCUGCUCGCCACGUUCCCGAGUACGUUGAGAAGCUUCCCGAGCUCCGCGCCAAGGGUGUCGAUGUCGUUGCCGUCCUUGCCUACAACGAUGCCUACGUUAUGAGCGCCUGGGGCAAGGCCAACAACGUCACUGGUGAUGACAUUCUCUUCCUUUCCGACCCCGAGGCUCGCUUCUCCAAGAGCAUCGGCUGGGCUGAUGAGGAGGGCCGCACUGGCCGCUACGCCAUCAUCCUUGACCACGGCAAGGUCACCUACGCCAAGCGCGAGCCUGCCAAGAACCACCUCGAGUUCUCGAGCGCUGAGACCAUCCUCAAGAACCUGUAA